UCGCCACAUCCGCCUCUGCCUCUGGCGCCUGCGCUCUGCGCCCGGGAGGCCGGUGACGUCCGGGGAAAUCGAAGAUGGCGGCACUAGGCUGACCCUACUGCGGGUGACGGAAGCGCCGUCUCCUCCCGCCUGACGCCCCUGCGGGACCCUGCGCCGCUCCUUGCUGCCGCGGCCAUGUCUGGGCCCGGCAACAAACGCGCCGCCGGCGACGGGGGCUCAGGGCCCCCAGAGAAAAAGCUGAGUCGCGAGGAGAAGACCACAACCACUCUUAUAGAGCCUAUUCGUCUUGGAGGCAUCUCUUCCACGGAGGAGAUGGACCUGAAGGUACUGCAGUUCAAAAACAAGAAGCUGGCAGAGCGGUUGGAACAGCGACAGGCUUGUGAAGAUGAACUCCGAGAACGAAUUGAGAAGUUGGAGAAGCGGCAGGCCACAGAUGAUGCCACACUCCUUAUUGUCAAUCGCUACUGGGCCCAGCUGGAUGAAACUGUGGAAGCCCUUCUCCGAUGCCAUGAGAGCCAGGGAGAGCUGUCUUCGGGGACAGAGGCACCUGGGACCCAGGAGGGGCCAACACGUGAUGGGACCCCUUUCACAGAGCCAGGGACAUCAGAGCUGAGGGAGCCUCUGCCAAUGCAGCUGCGGCCCCCUCUCAGUGAGCCAGCCUUGGCUUUUGUGGUAGCACUGGGUGCCAGCAGCAGUGAGGAGGUAGAGCUGCAGCUGCAAGGCCGUAUGGAGUUCUCCAAGGCAGCUGUGUCCCGUGUAGUAGAGGCCUCAGACCGCCUACAGCGCCGGGUGGAGGAACUCUGUCAGCGAGUAUACAGCCGAGGGGAAAAUGAGCCCCUCGGUGAGGUGGCUCGGGCACGCACCCGGGAGCUGGGCCGUGAGAACCGGCGGCUACAGGACUUGGCCACCCAGCUGCAGGAGAAGCAUCACCGCAUCUCAUUGGAGUACUCUGAGCUCCAGGAUAAAGUGACAUCAGCAGAGACCAAGGUGCUGGAGAUGGAGACGACGGUGGAGGACCUGCAGUGGGACAUUGAGAAGCUGCGCAAGCGGGAGCAAAAGCUCAAUAAGCAUCUGGCAGAAGCCUUGGAGCAGCUUAACUCUGGCUACUAUGUCUCUGGGAGCUCCUCAGGCUUCCAGGGUGGCCAGAUCACACUCAGCAUGCAGAAGUUUGAGAUGCUGAAUGCAGAGUUGGAGGAAAACCAAGAAUUGGCCAACAGCCGCAUGGCAGAACUGGAGAAGCUGCAGGCUGAACUUCAGGGUGCUGUGCGAACCAAUGAGCGUCUCAAGGUGGCCCUGAGGAGCCUUCCUGAGGAGGUGGUGCGGGAGACGGGGGAGUACCGCAUGCUGCAGGCCCAGUUCUCGCUGCUCUACAAUGAGUCUCUGCAAGUGAAGACCCAGCUGGAUGAGGCUCGGGGGCUACUGUUGGCCACCAAGAACUCCCACCUGAGACACAUUGAGCAUAUGGAGAGCGAUGAGCUAGGGCUGCAGAAGAAGCUGCGCACGGAAGUUAUCCAGCUAGAGGACACGCUGGCCCAGGUACGCAAGGAGUACGAGAUGCUGCGCAUCGAGUUUGAGCAGAACCUGGCAGCCAACGAACAGGCAGGGCCCAUCAACCGUGAGAUGCGCCACCUGAUCAGUAGUCUCCAAAACCACAACCACCAGCUGAAGGGGGAUGCCCAGCGAUAUAAGCGGAAGCUUCGAGAAGUGCAGGCUGAGAUUGGCAAGCUCCGAGCCCAAGCUAGUGGCUCUGCCCACUCUGUCCCCAACAUGGGACACCCAGAAGACUCUGGCCUUAGUGCCUCAGCCCCAGGGAAAGAGGAGGGUGGGCCGUGCCCUGCUGGUACCCCGGACAGCAGAAAGGAGGUGGCUUCAAUGCCUGGUACCACCGCUACUCCUUCCUCAGUGAAGAAGGAGGAGCAGGCCCCAUCCGAAGAGGAUGCUCAGGCAUUAACCCCUGGGGCGCAGGGCCCUUCCUCCCGGGGUCGAGAACCUGAAGCCAGGCCCAAGCGGGAGCUUCGGGAACGAGAAGGACCUGGCCUGGGACCUCCACCUGUAGCCUCAACUCUCUUAAGGGCUGAUCGGGAGAAGGCCAAGGUGGAAGAGGCCAAGAGGAAGGAGUCAGAACUCCUCAAGGGUCUCCGAGCAGAGCUCAAGAAGGCCCAGGAGAGCCAGAAAGAGAUGAAGCUCCUGCUGGAUAUGUACAAGUCAGCACCCAAGGAACAGCGGGAUAAGGUGCAGCUCAUGGCAGCGGAACGCAAGGCCAAGGCUGAGGUUGAUGAGCUGCGAAGCCGAAUCCGGGAAUUGGAGGAGCGGGAUCGAAGAGAGAGCAAGAAGAUUGCAGAUGAGGAUGCCCUGCGGCGCAUUCGUCAGGCAGAGGAGCAGAUAGAACACCUACAGCGCAAGUUGGGUGCCACCAAGCAGGAGGAGGAGGCUUUGCUGUCAGAGAUGGAUGUGACAGGUCAGGCUUUUGAGGACAUGCAGGAGCAAAACGGGCGGCUGCUACAGCAGUUGCGGGAAAAGGACGAUGCCAACUUUAAGCUGAUGUCAGAGCGAAUCAAGGCCAACCAGAUUCACAAGCUACUGCGGGAGGAGAAGGAUGAGCUGGGCGAGCAGGUUCUUGGCCUCAAGUCCCAGGUGGAUGCCCAGCUGCUGACCGUGCAGAAGCUGGAGGAAAAGGAGCGAGCCUUGCAGGGCAGCCUCGGGGGUGUGGAGAAGGAGCUGACACUGCGCAGCCAAGCCCUGGAGCUCAACAAGAGGAAGGCUGUUGAAGCAGCCCAGCUGGCUGAGGACCUCAAGGUGCAGCUGGAGCAUGUGCAGACUCGACUGCGAGAGAUUCAGCCCUGCCUGGCAGAGAGUCGGGCUGCUCGAGAGAAAGAGAGCUUCAACCUCAAGAGGGCUCAGGAGGACAUCUCACGGCUGCGGCGCAAGCUGGAGAAGCAGAGGAAGGUGGAGGUUUAUGCAGAUGCUGAUGAAAUCCUCCAGGAGGAGAUCAAGGAGUACAAGGCGCGGUUGACCUGCCCCUGCUGUAACACCCGCAAGAAGGAUGCAGUCCUUACCAAGUGCUUCCACGUUUUCUGCUUCGAGUGCGUGCGGGGCCGAUAUGAGGCCCGCCAGAGGAAGUGCCCCAAGUGCAACGCAGCCUUUGGUGCCCACGACUUCCACCGUAUCUACAUCAGCUGAACCUGAAACUCAGGGGACUUUGGAACACCAAUGGAUCCUGGGGGCUCUUUCUCCAGCCCCUCCCCACUCCAGGUCCAGUGGCUCCACCCUCCAUUCCGGACCCCAGGGGCCCAGCCCUUGCCCACCUAGUUGGUUUGGGAGCCCUGGUGCAUGCUAGUGGGAGUGGGAUUAGCCAAGCUCAGUUCCAUCUUUUCCUAAAGAUCUGAGCUGCAGCCUAGAGGGCACCGUUCUACAGGAAAGGUCUGCCAUGAGAGGCCUGAGGGGCCCAGAGCACUCAACUGAGCUUCCCAGAGGCUGGCCCUAACCUUUCUUCAUCUGUUUCCACAGACCCAUCCUAGCUGUAAGGGGAAAAUUCCCCAGGCUGUGACCUACCUUAGAGGAGGCUCACUACCUGCCUUCACACAAGUGAGGACGGGUGGUCCAGGACCUCAGCACCUUGCUUGAGACUGGGCCCUGGGGAGAUUUUCUUCAGCCACCACCCUGCUGGCACAGGCAGGGCUUCUGUCCUGUGGAGUUCCCUGGACACUUUGGCUUUUGUGCCAAGGGCUGAAGGAGGUACCCAUCUGGGAAGGUACCACCUGCUUCCUCUGGGAAGCUCUUAAGGUUGCAGUUGCUGCCCUCAUCUUGGGAAUGCUGAACCAAGAUCAUCAGUUUCUAUUCUAAUCAGGCCCCUCCUGAAUCUCUUCCUCUUCCCCAAGCCCACUUACCUCCACCUCAUGCAUCCCAAGGCUCCACUAAGUCCUUGGCCCUAACCCUGCUAUCAUCCUGGUGGCCUUAACUACUGUGGAGGUGGAACUUCCCAGGAGGGGAAGGGACAGACCAGCCCCAGCUGCUGGGCCAACUUCCAAUCAUUCCAGGUAGAAGAGCUUCACCCAACACCCUGUGACUGAGCCUGUACCCUUGAUGCUUCCUGUGCUGCCUGCCCACAAAUGCUCCAUGGGCUGUGAAGGCAACGCCCAGAGAGGCCUGGGAGAUGGAGCUGCUGACAGGUGCAAGGGCCUGUUUGGACCCACAGCCUCUGCUCUAGAGAUCUCUUGUAUAGGCUGUUAAUUGUUAUGAAUAAACAAACAUCCAACCCUUGGCCUAUGGCCAGAGUA